GACGUCAAAGUAAGUUGUGUUGACAGCUAAGCUAAUGCAGCUAGUCCGGUGUGAGGCAGGCUAAGAUGGAGUGCUACUGACCUACCCGUCAGCGACUCCGUUGGGGUUUUUUUGCUCGUCUGUUUUUGCUGUCCCCUAUUUCUCUUCGGCGGUGUCCAGUGUUAGAAAUGCAGGACAGGUACAGCGAGAUCGGCUUCGUUCAGCAAAUCCUCGGUUUGAAUUUGGUGCCGAGAAAAAAUGGCACACUACGAGGCAACGACACUUCUCUGAGCGACUUCUCAGAAAUGUGGUAUGGAGUGUUUCUGUGGGCCGCUGUCUCUUCUUUGGUCUUCCACCUGCCUGCAGCUCUGCUCUCCAUCGCCACAUUGCGUCAGCACAAGAUGGCUCGCUUCAUGCCCAUCGCCAUCCUGCUCAUGGGCAUCUUAGGACCAGUGUGUGGGGGUGUCCUCACCAGUGCAGCCAUAGCAGGUGUGUACAAGGCGGCAGGGAAGACGAUGAUCUCACUGGAGGCUCUUGUCUUUGGGGUUGGACAGUCCUUUUGUGUCCUCAUCAUAUCCUUCCUCAGAGUACUUGCCACUCUUUAGCAGUACGGAGGCCCACCUGGCUGGACACCAGUGACACCAUCACUUGACAGGAUGUAAUUUUAACACUGCACAAAAAUUAGAUCCUGUCAGAUACUGGGUCACGUGAAUCAGCCAAAUGUGGGUCAUGAUGUCACUUCCUACUGAUGGACUAGGACCACAAUGGAUUUUUAUCCCACUUAAAAAAAAACCGAGCAGUGUGUUCACUCAAAGUGUGUGUUGUGCAGGACUAAGCCCUCCAGCGAGAUGUGAUGUUACUGUUGGACAUCAAAAUACAGCAUCACAUCACGGGGUAACCCCACACUAGAGCAGUGGUUUCCACACUGUUUGAGUUGCAGUCACCGGGAAUAAUCAUGCUGUAAGUCUCAGAGUCUCACACAGCCAAUAUUCACAUGGCAAAGGUGACCGAGCACUGACUCACAUGCACAGGUUCUCACAAACUAGAUAACAACAAUAUUUAUAACGCUGAUUUUGUGGUACAAAUCAUGUUAAUAUAAAAACAACUCUCCAGGUCACUCCCAAAAAUUGUCUUGUGACCCACAGUUUGUAAAUCAUUGUCCAUUUGAAAAUGCACUUUUUUUUCCUUUUUUUUCCCUGUAUGAUGUGAAGGCAGCACAACACUGUUCUUCACUCGCAUCAGGACGACACUGGCCUCUCUCAGGAGCUGUGUGUGUGUGUGUCUGUGUGUGUGUGUGUGUGUGUGUACUAGGACAGGUAGGGAAUGUAAGGACAUGAGUGUCCUGUCCUCACAGAUAAACUAAUAGUACUUGUGUCUUUCUUAGCGUGCUGAUUUUGGGACUUUCAUUUUAACACUGACAUGUUUGUUCAGGAUUCAGGACAUAGUUUCAUCAGUGCUGACUGACAGAUGGGUGUUCAUAAAGAUGCCUGAACACAUGUUUCUUCAGUGGCAGCAACUCUACUUAUUCUACAUCUAAUGCAAACUAUAUUUCUGUCUGAAAUGAUGUCUCACUGCUAAUUACCUCCACUAAGAUGCUAUGAUUUUCCUGCAUUUGAUCAGCAUAACUCAUUUACAUAUACAAAUAAUGAGAUUUUUGUUAUGAAAUAGAAACUGAGUGGCACUGAGGUUUCACAGUCCCCGGGUGCUUUCUUUCUUUCCUUGUGUCCCUACUGGCAGCCAUGUUUUUCACUAAGGGUGUGUCUUUGUGUCUCAGGCUGGUUCUCAGAGGAAUGGCUGACGAUGUGUUGGUCAUUACCAUAUCAUAUACUCACACUUCAAAAAACCUUAACCAUUUAGUUGGGGUUGGGUUGGUUUUGGUUUGAUUUUCCAAAUGAAUGCUUUGCUAUGCAAAUUUCUGGCUGUCCCCUCCGAGGCCUUACUCUCUGUUUUCUGACUAUUCUGACUUCAGGGCUUUCCUCUCUACUGCUGCUCUUUGCUUCUUCCUCAUCACUUUUGUUCUAAAUCUAUUCCUGUUCACCUGCCAACAACGUGUUACUGCUAAUUAAAAUGCUCACCUUCUCAGUUAAAUUGUUGUGAAUGGGAGGCAGCUGCAGCCUGGAGAAUGUCUCCACAGUUUCUCCACUCAUCAGUUUUUAUUAGUUUACUUGUGAAUGAAUCAUGGGUUUGAACUUGACAUCCCCAGACUGAUGGGAUUUUAUCUUUUCUUCUACCUUUGAUCUAUGUUAUAUUUUCCAGGUGUAUAACUAUGUGACAUUGAUGUGAUGCAUUUAAAAAAAAUAAUUUCUGACCAAA